AAGAUGAAGUCGCUGAUUGUUAGAUAGAUUGAUUAUGGCGGUGAUUAAGUGAUCGGUUUUUCACCGCGAUGCUGCAGUGGAUCCACAGGGGUCCUCAGCACUGGCACGAGUUCAUCAAUCAUGAGGUUUGUGUCACGAAUCGGGAUCAGCAGCGCUUUGAGGGACGCGUGUUCACCGUGGACCCCGUCUCCGCCAGUGUGGUGCUGGUGAGCGUCCAGGAGAACGAGUGUCCGUCGGUGAGGGUGAUUCUGGGUCACGCGGUGACUGAUGUCCAGAUCCUCAGGAGAGGAACAGAGGAAACGGAGCGUCAGAUGAAGAGCGUCUUCCUGCCGAACCGAGCACAGAGUCUCAGCGCGGAGGAGCUGAAGUCUUGGCGGGAGAGUGUGCGUCUGUGGCUGGAGAACAACCGAGUCCCGGUGACUGAAGAUGGAGAGGUUCUGUGUGUGGCGAACGCUCUGACCAUCAGCGCCCCCUACAGGCCUGGAGACUGCAGCAGCGCCAACGAGAUCAUCCUGUCUCGCAUCCAGAGUCUAGUGGAGAAGCUUCAUUCACCUGAGGAGAAGAUCCCAGGACAUCCGUCACACUGUUAAACCACAGCUUUCACGAUCAAACAUCACUUCUGUGGUACAAACUCAAUAGCUCUUGAUUCAUGUAACAUUGUAAAUGUUUCCUGAUGAAUGAAAGAGAAAUGAACCUUUUUGAAACUUGAA